AACUGCCUUAAAAACAGCACCGUUAAUUCAACAGUGCGUGAUGCUGCCCCUGGUGGACGAAGUAGGCAAUCGCAAGCAAUCACCUCAUUGAUGAGCUUCAGCUGUUAAGCACUUAAGCGACGUCACUUCCUCCUUCAAGUCGUGAGCAAACCGAAAAGAAAAUGUUUGCUAGCAAAAUGACAACAACCUUUAUUAAAAGUCCUGCACUCUUCAUUCUGCUCCUCUUUUUGACCUCCUGCAAGGCACAAUUGGACAGAGAAGAAGAGGAGCAGACUUCAGGUGCACAUGGCGAAGGGGGCGGGGCUUUCUUUGCGUUGAGGAGCUGCCACCAGCUGCUGCGAGGUGACAGCGGCGAGUUCUUCUCUCCAGACUACGUUUGCGCCAACCCGUCUCUGUGGUGCAACUGGACCAUUCAGGUGGACUCUAGCAAACGGGUCCAACUGCACCUGGAGGACCUGACCCCGGAUGACGCCUGUCACCUGAAACAGGACCAGAUCCACGUGGAUGAUCCCGCGGGUCGCUCGGGAAGUCACAGGGUCCUGCAGAAAUGCUGGCGGGAGGCCAAGUACACGUCCUCAUCCCGGACCGUGCACGUGGUCCUGCUGAUCGGGGGCUGGCCCGCUCAGCAGUACCGAGGCUUCUACGGCCACUACCGGGCCUUUGGACCGCCUGUGGCUUACCACCCGCGGGACGGAGUCUCAGAGACAGACAUGAGGUCAACAUGGUCUUACAGCCUUGAGGACUUGGAAGAGUUUGGACCGAUGGUGGCAGGGGGAAAACAUCCCACACCAGCCGCCACCCCUCCCCUAUUUGAUUAUUCCGAUAAAGCCGUCGACUCUUCUGUGGAGCGGACCGCACAUGCAGAGCCGCCAUCCUCAGAGAAGGACUACUUGAUGUUCUCGUUGACUGUGGAGCCCACGGUGCCAACGUCCAGCCACGGGACUUUCCGCUCGGAGAGAGGCAUCGCUCAGAUGCUUUCUGACCUUCCAGCACCCAACAGACUCCCCAGCAGCUCCCUUCACACACCGAUGGCCAGACGCAGGGACGUGAAUGAAGGUCCCGUUCUGUUGGAAGGACCAUCCAUAGAUGAAGACACGGGCUCAGAACCAAGUGACGGUGCUGAAAACGAGAUGGCCGAAUCAGACCAGCAGCCGUCAUUCUCUGAAGAAGUACAACCUGAGGAGCUUGAGCGAACUCACCUGCACCCCAUCAUGGUGGAACCACUGUCGGACCACCGAGGGAACAUGCACGUCAGGAACAGUUCUGGAAUAGAACAUCGGCCCGGUGACCAGCUCUUUGAAGUGGCUGUGGAGGUUCGCCUCAGUCACAACCAGGACCAGGACCAGGUCCACAUGGAUGGGUCACUGAUGAAGUCGAUCAAGGCUCUGGUUCUUCAACAUCUGGACGGGCUGCACGUCCCGCUCACCUUGACCUUCAAGAGAAUUAAAAGAGUCAUGUUCGUGUUCAGGCUGCAUGCAGGAGAACUGUACAUCAUUUGGCUGAACACGGGUCCGGACGGCGGCAGCCGGCACGUCUACGCGAGCGUGCACUCGGACCUGCAGGGACUGGUUGGUACCAGCGUCUCCCUGAUGCGGAACCUGAACAACGUCGUUAUCGCCUCAGUAUCCAUCGGAGAUGUGAACGAGUGCGGGACCCAGUUGGCUCUGUGUGACAUCAACGCAGAUUGUUUGGACCAGUUUGGAUCUUACUGGUGCCGCUGCAAAGCAGGCUUCAGGGAUGAGUCCCGUCUGGGUCCUGGUGGAACCGUGUGUGUGGACGAGAAGGCCGCAGGUGACCGUGAAGGCUGCAGCGGGGGUCCAUCAGCCGAGACCAAGGGGGUGUACAUUGUCUUCUUCCUGCUCACUGCUUUCAUCAUCCUGCUGCUGGUGGCCGCCUGCACAUUGUACCGCCGCCACCACCAUGGGGCUUUCUUGCUGCACUGCAGCAGUAAAGGUGAUCCCUCCCAGCGCCGUCAUGACGAUGGUUACUCCUGCCCCCCUGACUCGGACCUGCCGCCGCCCCCGCUGCCUACCAGGGGGCCUCGUGACGGCUGGGCCCUGCAGAAGGAGCGCCGCGCAGCGGCUGAUGUGCCGCUGCUUCGCUUCAGUGCGCUCAGACCGUCAGACAGCUACACGCAACCACAGGAGGCUGACAAGAUUUAAACUUUGACUCCUCGUUUGUUUUUUCCUUUGGCUUUUGUGUUGCCAUGGUUUCAAAAUCUUGUCUUGGUGACCAUGCAGUUGAGUCACUUAUGUACACCAUUUAAAUAAAAGCUCAGCCACUGAUUGACAC